AUGGAUGCUGUUUGGAACCUGAACACCAUUGUCGACCGUAAGCGCUGGGGUGUGGGCAACACCAUCACCUCUUCGCCCUAUGGUCCUCAUGGCGAGCACCCUGAGCGCUGGCGUGCCAAUGGCACCUUCCCCUUCCCGGAGAAGGCGCCCAGUCACUUGGUGCCCAGCAACCCAGUGCUGGAUCUGAACAACACCCUGACCAUGCACCUGAAGGCUGAGGAUCGCAAGUAUGACAACAAAUAUGCGCAGCAGCUGCAGGCCGAUUAUCAGUCUUUGAUCGACAACAUCAAUGACGCCAGCAAGAAGUGCAAUGACCUUCGUGCUCGUCUUUUCAAGAUGGACUACUAUGCGGACAAGUUCGAUGCCCUCCCCAGUGGAGUAUGGAACAAGAUCGAUGCCCAAGCAUGA